GCGCCGCAUUGCAGACGGGCACGGAGGGGUAGCGAUGGCGCGGCCGCUGAUCCUCGGGCUCCUCAGCCUCCUCGGGCUCCUGGCCGCCGCCGUGGCAAGCCCUGUGCUGUGGCAGAAGGAGUGUGCGAAGGGGCCGGAGGUGUGGUGCCAGAGCAUUCGCACGGCGUCGCAGUGCGGGGCAGUCAAACACUGCCAGCAGAACGUCUGGAACAAGCCUGCCGUGAGCAGUAUUCCCUGUGACUUGUGUAAGGAGCUUGUGACGGUUGCUGGCAAAAUUUUAAAGGAUAAUGGCACUGAGGAUGAGAUCCGCUCUUACUUGGAAAAGACGUGCGAGUUUCUUCCUGACCCAGGCCUUGUCUCUGAGUGCAAAGAAAUUGUGGAUUCCUACCUACCAGUUAUCAUGGAUAUGCUCAAGGAAGAGCUCGAUAAACCUGAGGUUGUGUGCAGUGCCCUUGCUCUGUGCCAGUCCCUUCAGAAGCACCUUGCAGCAAUGAAGCUGCAGAAACAGCUCCAGACCAACAAGAUCCCAGAGCUGGAUUUCUCUGAGCUGGCAUCUCCAUUUAUGGCUAAUGUGCCUCUUCUCCUUUACCCUCAGGACAAGCCCAAGCAGAAGCCUAAGGCGAGUGGGGAUGUGUGCCAAGAUUGCAUUCAACUGGUCACUGAUGUUCAGGAAGCUGUGAAGACAAACUCCUCCUUUGUGAAAUCUUUGGUUGCUCAUGCCAAGGAGGAGUGUGACCGUUUGGGACCUGGGAUGUCUGAUAUGUGCAAGACCUACAUCUCCGAGUAUUCUGACUUGGCCAUCCAGAUGAUGAUGCACAUGCAACCAAAGGACAUUUGUGCCAUGGUUGGGUUCUGUUCUUCUGUGAAGUCUGUUCCCCUUCAGCCUCUGGUGCCAGCUCAGGUGGUUCAUGAGGUGAAAAUGGAAAUUGUGGAGAAGGCCUCAGUUCAAGAGAAGACUUUUUCCUUGUGUGAAAUCUGUGAGACCAUGGUGAAAGAAGUGACUGGCCUCUUGGAGAGCAACAAGACAGAGGAGGAGAUUGUGCAUGAGAUGGAGGUGGUCUGCCGCCUGUUCCCGGGAAGUGUCAAGGACCAGUGCAAGGACUUCAUCGAGGUCUAUGGCCAGGCUGUGAUUGACAUGCUCUUGGAGGCAACAAGUCCUGAAGCUGUGUGUGCCAUGCUGAAAUGCUGUGCAGCCAGCAAGCUUCCCCAGCAGCCAGUUGUAGUGAAACCUGCAGGUGGCUUCUGUGAUAUCUGCAAGAUGGUGGUGGCUUAUGCAGACAAAGAGCUAGAGAAGAAUGCCACGACAGCUGAAAUCGAAGCUUUACUGGAAAAAGUCUGUCACUUCCUGCCAGAGUCUGUCAGUGAGCAGUGUGUGCAGUUUGUGGAACAGUAUGAGCCCGUGGUUGUGCAGCUCUUGGCAGAGGUGAUGGAUCCCACUUUUGUUUGCACUAAACUCGGAGUCUGUGAGUCAGCUAAAGAGCCUCUCCUGGGGAAUGAUGCUUGUGUCUGGGGUCCAGGCUACUGGUGUAAGAACAUGGACACUGCUGCUCAGUGCAACGCUGUUGAUCACUGCAAACGUCAUGUGUGGAACUAGAAGAAGAAUUUCCAGUUCUGAAAGUUUGCCAUGGCUCUUAGGAAAUGUGGGCCGAGCUUGGCGGAGAGCUGUAUCUCACCUGUCCCUCCUCUCUGCCUCAUUAACAAUUUGACCUUCAAGUUCCUUUGUUGUAACUCUUCUGUAGCAGUGCUGCUGUUGAAGGAUCAGAUUUUCAUUGUUGACUUAACAAAGAUAUUUCCGAUUGUACAGUUUAACCCAUUAUGCUCCUAAAAAUAGUCAGUGUGUUGUAGAUUUUUUUUUUAAUUGGUAGGCUGAAGUGUUUAUGUUCUGGGAGGAAUGACAGAUAUGGUGAAAUGAGACAAGGCUCUUAUCUUUUAAUUUAGAAAAAAAAAGAGCAAGAUAGCAACUGAACUUUCAAAUGUCUUUCUGUAGGCAGCAUUGGGAAGAUUUUACAUGCUUUGCAUUUUUAACAUCUGGCUGGAAUGUUUAUUUUCUGUGUAUGGGAACUCUAAGGGAUAAUGCUGAAUCUGGGAAUCGUUUUGGCUGGAAUUUUCAAAGCUCUGCAGAUGCAGAGGAGGGGGCUUUGUGUGCCCAGCUAACAUUCAAAGUCACUGGUAAUUAAAAAGAUGCAUUUGAGUGAUCAGCCUUUUGCAUUUGAAUGACCACGCUUGUGGCUCAUGGUGUUGCUAUAGCUAAGGAAAACCCUCCCUCAGCCUUUGAUCACAUCCUUCUGAUUUCCUUGGACUGCUCAGUCUCAGCACGGGUGUUCUGCUGCCAAGCCCAGUCCCGUGGGAUGUCAGUUUCCUGAAGCAUGCUGGUGUACCUGAGGAAUAAAUCCCUUUUUUCUUA